AUCUAUUUUAGGGUUUGAUGUUUUAUUUGAAUUUGAUAUUACCUGCCCUGAGAUCCUUGGAUUAUGGGUGGAAUAUGAAUAGUCUAAAUUAAAUAAACUAGGGUCAUGAGUGUGAAAGGAAUUUCCUAAUUUCCUCCCCACUUCAGCACUCUGCAUGCCCCCCAACAGCCUCUCCUGAGAGUUGGUUCACCCUUAGGAAAGACCUGGGACAUGGAGUGGGAUGCUUCAAUGGAAGGAAGAAUUUGGGGAAAUUGGAUGAAGGCAGGAGAUUUAAGGGAAAUAAAUGUGAUUAUUAAAUAUAAUUGUUAAUAUUUUAAUAUGUGAUAACAACAUGCUUUUGAACAGCCUAAUAUGUGAAACAAAAUGAUGUGGCUUUACUGUAAUUAUAGUCAAUAUUCUAAAGGGGAUUUCCACUUCUGUUCUUCAACUUUCUAGUAGAGCUGUCCGCACACCUAUUUUGUCUUUUGCCCUGAUGUUCCAGUCUCUGAGUCUGAAAGUGAUAUUUGUUCCUCCCCUUCCAUGGAAAAGUCCUGCUUUGUUCACUGAAGUGGAGCAGUGUAUCACCCAUUAGUUAGAAGCAUGGCAAAUUCUUUUUCAGUAGAUUGUGUGUAUGUAUACUCAGGUUGUUAUGGUUACAGCUCGGCCUGCACAAGCACUGUGGCAAAUGCUAUUGCUGGUACUUUGGUGUUUGAUUUCAUUAGCUGUAGAAACUUGUAGGAGAAGUGGUUUGCUGCUACAGUUUCCAGUAACACAACAGGGCUUCUCUUUGCUCUGCUGGAGGCUGUUUACCUUCUCUACUUGAGAGGCUGUGACCUUGCUGUUCUUGCCAGGCAAAAUGGAUGAAAUUUACAAGAUCUGUUCCACUGAGAGGGUCCAGCAGGUGGAAAAGGAACUAGCUGUACAGCUGGAAGAACUGAAGACAGAAAUAGAGGGAAAUGGGGUGCUGCAGAGGACACCAUACUGCUCUGUUCCCCUUCCAAAAGAUGUUGAUCAUUUCAGAAGAGAAAGGGAGUUGGCACUGAAGAAAUGCUUACAGGUAGCAGAGGCAAAGCCUCUUGUAAUUCAGGCUGAUGUCAUGCAGAGGGAGCUGGAGAUCUGUCUGAAAAGAGAAUAUACAUCUGAGAGCUUACCUUUGUUACUGCACCAGUUUUUUACAGACAGAAUCACACAGCUAGUCCAAAGCAAAUAUUUACACAUGCUUAGAUGGAAGAGAUUUUGUCAGCACAGCAGCAUUAUCGAGCAAUUCUAUCCAUUGUACCAGAAACAAGUGGCUCAUAUCAUGCAGGAAUACGAUGAUGCUGUUCAAAGGGCUGCAAGACUGUCAAUUGCACGGACGAACUUCCUGGCAGGAAAGGAAAAUCCUACAAAUUUAGUGACCCAGGAGGACCUGGCUAUUUACACACAAUGGCUAGUAUGUCACCUGCACUCACUUAAGGCCAUCCACAACUUCCUCCAGGUGCUCCAGUACUUGCCUGUCUCUCAUAGAGAGGAGACUGACAGACAUCCUGUCUGGGGUGAUGGGGAUAAAUGCAGAGCUCUUGGCAAAACUGAAUUCUUGUCUCCCAGUAUUCAGCUCUCUGUCUACCCUAACAUAUCAGCAAGAGGUGGAUUCCCAUCAAGGCAUACCACCUCUGCACUACCCCAACACUCUGCAGAAAUUGAAGAACUGAAGCCUCAACUCACAUUUUUACUUUCUCAUUUUCGUAUCGGCUAUGAUGUGGAAGAACUGAAGCAUUCUGCUAACGAGAUGGAACUUUUUUCUAUGGUCAUGCAUGAGUUUAGAAGCAUUUUCAAUAAACAACAGACAAUGAGAACAUUUCCUGUUUAUGAUGCUGGAAUGCCUGGAUCGGAAGCCUGGGGCAUGGUGGGCCCCAACAUGACUGUGAAAAAAAGAGCCAACUGGAUUUCUUUUAUCAAGAUUAAACCUCACCAAGAUCCAUGGCAGCAAAAACUGUUCAUGAAACUGAAGCAAUGGAAAAAAGUAGACGAACUGCUGCAGAUUCAGUCAAAGCUUUUAGAGAUUUCCAGUCUGGAGCGGGUGAUGGAGCUUCUUCAGGAGCAAGCAGAAGCAGUACUAGAGCCAAAGUUGAUGACAUCCACUUUCACAACUUCUUUUAAUUCACAACAAUAUGAUCAAAUUUGGAACAAGAUUUAUCACAACCCCAAACUCCAUCAGGAACAAAGCAUUGAGGAUGAUAUUCCUACUAUGGCAAUCAGUGGGAAGGAUAUGGAAAAUGUCAACUUUAACAAGGGUUCCACUUUUUCAAGAAAGAAGAAAGAGACAAGUUACACAACAACUUUGCAGCUGGGGUUAGAUGAGGAUAUGGAGGCCAGCAGCAAGAAUCUUACCAUGAGGAAAGGAGCCUACUUGUCUCUCCUUUAUUUGCGUCACUUGCGAAUCAGAGAGCUGCAGAGAAUUUGUUUGGGAAUCCUCAACUACUUCAGAUCUGUUGAAAGAACCCUAACAAUCAGCACCUCAGGUCUUGCUUGGAGUGUUAGUCAUUUGGUCCCAACUGCUGAAGAUUCCUGUUGGGUAAACGCAGUCAAAGGGGGCAUUGGUGCCUAUGGUGGUCUUGGUUCACACUCCUAUAUGCAUUAUACACCAGCUGACUAUAAGGUUCACAGUGCGCAGUUUAUGGAGUUUGCAGAGGUAGAAAAUCAUGAUGAUUUUUAUACCACGGAAGAUGCAUAUGUUCACACCCAGGAUCAGCGAGGGGCUUUUGUGAUGUAUGAUGUAGCCCUCCAGGACCUGAAACAGCUAGAAAAGCAGCUUUUGCUUGUGGCAACCCAGUACAUUGAGGCAGAGAAAGGUCACAAAGCAUGUAGUGAUUCCAGUAACAUGAACUACCCAGCAUGGGCACAUGCAUCGGUAGAUCGAGCUGCAGUACUGCUUGACCUUUGGACUUGUGAAACAGCUUUCUUAGAAAAUAAGUGGCAGCUUCUGAAUAGUUACUUUGAAGCAUACCAACAUGCUUUAGAUUCAGAAGAAAGAUUUGCUUUGGCCCAAGUAAUAACUGAUGUCAUGUACAGACGUCCUCGAUUUGAUUUCCAUCUUGGAUAUUUUAUGAACAUCUAUAAAGCUGAGUGUGCUUGCCUUGAAAUUCACCUACAGCUGGUGAGGGAUGUAUUGAACCAACAGAUAGAUAACCAGCGUGAAUAUAACCACAAGAUUUGGCGUGAUGGUCCCAAAGGUGGCAUCUAUGAAUUUGGUUUCCCCCCCUAUAUAAUUGCAAAACAAUUAAUUGCUGUUAAUAAAAGCCCUUCGGCUUUGAAGAACAUUUAUUUGUUGGAGUUCCACCCUUCCCUUGGCCUAGUAUCUUUAAUUCCAAAAGCUCUGGGUUAUGUCCUUCAGGAGUUUCAGCAAAUCUGUAGGCCAAAAACAGCCAGUGAGGCAAUUAAUCUGGAAAAACAUGUACUUCAACUUGCCCUGGACACAUGGCUGACCAUGGAACGUCCAGAGUCUUUUUAUGGCUCUCAAAUUCAGAAAGAUCUAUUCACAGAUGUUCUGGUUGAAGACCCUUCUUUUGUUAGAGAGAUUGCAAUGUCAGCACUGAAAUCAGUAGCAGAAGAAGAACAGAAACGGAGCAAAGAAAAACAAGCUUUUAUUCUGAAUAUCUUUGCAAGGCUCCUUGAACUUCUAACCCUCCGCCAUCGAUUGAUAGAGGCAGCAAUAGAAAGUGCACAGCUGGGCAGACUCUACAAAGAAUUUGCUGGGGAAAUGGGUUUUGAGGAGUUCCAUUUGUACCUAAGGCCUGUGUACUUUGAAUUCGCAACUCACAAAGAGAAAGCAGACCAGCCCUCACCAAUAUUCAUUACUUCUCUUCUUGAACAUCAUGACAGUAGUGUGGAUAGAUAUAUUCCAUCCAGCUUAAUGUUGAACAUCCAAGAUAUUGACAAUCAAAUUGGAAAAUUUAGCUUUUGUACAAGAGAGAGCAUUCUUCAGCUCUUACUGAAGCAGUAUGGAAUAGAAAACUUGCAGAUUGCUCUUGCCUGCCAAGUCACUCAUAAAAACACACUCCUUGUUGCUGUUCAACAGGCUGCAUUUUCUCCCAUGAUGCAGCCCUCACGAACGGUGGAUAUGAAGGAAGGGAGCCUGAGCCUGAGGAGUCAGAGCAGCUCAGCAAGUGGAAGAAGUUCUACAGUUGGGAAUGAAACAGAAGAGCGGUUUUUGGCCACAGCACCAUUGGCUUUAUAUUCCAUUGGGCGUUUUGCAGCAGGACACUGCAGUUUAAAGAGGCCUGCAGAAGCUUUUGUCUCAAUUCAGCUGGAGAAACAGGGUCCACGGGACAUGAUGCUAAAUACAUUCAUUCAAAAGAAACAAAUCCUGGGGACUAGAAUGCAAAAUCCUGAUGAAGUUGAAAAAGUCAAAAGAGAAGUUAUUGUUGAAUACUGCCAUAAGAUGAAUCAUCGUAUAUCACAAUACUCUCUUCGAAGUCAGAUCAUUGCAUAUUACAACAGUUUAAAAGCUAUGCUAGACGAUUUCCCCAGUGUGAGAGAUAAACACUUCAUUAUAGGGUUGCCACAAGAGAAGAAAGGAAAACAAGAAUUAAAAGAAAAGCUUGAAGAUGAUCCCAGGUCAUUCCAGCUACGACCUCGUGGUUUGCUGUCCACAGAUGGACGAUCCUUCUUGAAUCUGUGGUUCAUCCCUUACCCUUCUGAAGUCCUAUUUGUGUUUAAAAUGCUACCAGAGAAGACUGGCUACAGAGCCCUGAGGCAGACCCUGCAAAUUGUAGCAGCUUUUCACGACAUUAUUUCCUACAUUUUCAGUUUUGCUCAGCUAGGAAAUGCACCGGGCUGCUUUGAUUAUCUGUGCCCUCCUGACCAUCUCACUGCAGAAUGGGGAGGGACUGAAUGGAUCGAAAUUGAGCUCCAAGAACUACAGAAAAAAAUAGACAGUCUUCAUAAUCCCUCAGAUCCAAAUAAAGUGGCCCAGAUGCUGAGCAUGCAUAGAGAUGUUAUGUUUCUGCAGUUUGAGGCAGCUGUUAGACAUUCUAUGCGAGAAUCAUUUUUGUCAUCUGGGAAUGUUUCUGCCUAUCAGAGCAUUACGGACCACAUUUACCAUGGGUUGCCUCCCAUAAGUAACGCAAUGUUUGGAAGUGCUUUCGCUUCCCAGCUCCGGCUUCCACAGCCACUCGACCCACAUGGCCACAGAGCACUGAUGUUGUUUCCCUGGAGAACAUUCCUAGCAAACACUGGCCCAUUUCCUGUCAUUAUCAACAACCUAAAUCCCAUAAAUUUUAAUAUGCAGUUAUGUCUGUGUGGACUGAAUGAUGAGGAUCGAAAAGUAGCUCAUGGAGAGCUGGUCGAGAUACAGCUUGUAAUGGAGGAUGUAGUCUGGAGUAAUUAUGAGGUUCUGAAUGACCCCAGGGAUCAGAGAACAUCUUUCAGAAAGCAGAAUUUGGCAAAGAUAACUGAAGCAAGCAGAAAGACUUCAAAAGCACUGAUGGAGCUGCCUGAUUCAGUGGCCUCAUGCACCUUGCAGAAAUCUUACCUGAUACUGUGGAAGCAACUGGAAAUGUUAAAGGCAGAAUGGGGAAGACUUAAAUUGAAAGUUGAUGAUAUCAACACAGUUCCUCUGUACAAGCAAUUUUCUGAACUAUAUGGUGCUGAAGUUCUGUAUCCUGCUAUGAGAACCCUAGCUAGACAUAUGGGUAUAGAAGAUGAAAUGGAAGGAUUUGGGACAACAUUUCAUUGUAUAUUCCCCCCUGAAGAAGCUUCGGAAGUUGAGAUAAAAACAUACCAGCUGCAAAAACUCUUGGAAAGUUUAGAAAUACAUAUGAUCCAUGAUGUACAAAAGAAAGUUAACAAAGAGAUAACACUGGUUAUAUCUGAAAAAACAAGAGAAGAGAGAAAUCUCUCUACAGAGCUCUGGAAGCAUCAUAGCAUGCAAGAAAUCUUCUCUGUCACAAGGCCAGAAAUGGUUGAGUUAUUUGUACAAAAGCUAAUGGAAAAUCACCGAGAAAUUGAUACAGAGAUAGCCUUUACAAAAGAGCACUUACAAAAAUGCCUCACUACUCUGGGUUGUGAUGUCAUGGCCAGAGAACGCAGCAACUUUGAGACCUACUCCAUGUUUUAUGAAAAUAUACUCCAGCAGCAACACCAGCUACUCUAUCAAAAAGAGCAGGAAAUGCACGCCUUAGAAGACAAGAGAGGAAAUGCCGAGCUGGGUCUUAGUCAGAUAGCAGAACUGAGUCAUGAGAUGAUAAUGGAGACGAUAGCUCUGAGAGCUCGAAUUGCUGAUCUCCAAGGAGAAGAUCACAGCCUCAAAGAGAAGAUAAGAAAAGAAGUGCAAGAAGACUAUGAAGCGUUGGUGCAAAACAUGUUUAUGAUGUGUCUGCAACUAAAAGGGAAGGUGGAUGAAUAUCGCCUAAGGAUGAACCAACGUAUGUUUGAAAUUAUCAGUGAAGUGAGAAGGGAAGGAGUGGACAAAAUGAUUGACUUGAAGAAAAAGUUUGGCUCCACAAAAGAUAACAGCGCACUCAAAGAACAUUUGGCCCAGCAGGGGCACUUGCAGGAGUUACAGGAUGAAAACAGCCAUUUGAGGGUAUUGAUAUGCAAGCUGAAGGCUAUGAGCUGCUGGAAAGAAACAAUGCAAAAAGCACACUUGCCUGCUAUGGUGAGAGAAAUGGAGAAGGAGGCCAUUCAAAACAAAAAAGAGUAUCUGAAAUCCAAGUUGAUGGCAGAACAAGAGGCAAUUUUAUUUCAGCAGCAGCUGCGGGCUGCAAGGAAAGCUUUGGCACAGUCUCAGACUGAGAAUAAAAGAUUGAAGCAACAGCUAGACAAACAGGGACACUUGCUGCAGGAGGUAGAACACAGGAUGAACCAAGAAAUUCGGAAAAAGCAGCAAUUAGAUCUAAUUAAGACAGCAAACUUGGAAAAAAUGCUGGAAAACCUUGGUGAGAGAGAACUGAGACUUCAGUGCCUGACAGAAGAAACUGAAAGAUCCUCUAAAACAAAGCAGCUUCAGGAAAAAAAAGUUCAAAAAGAAAUCCAGCAAAUAAGAAGUCAGCUAACCCAGGAACGCAGUUUAAAACUGGAUGCUUUCCAGAGGAUAAACAAGCUGCAGCAUCAGUUGUAUGAUUCAGAAGCUGCAAUAUCCCAGAGAAAUUCCCCUGCAGCUCUACGAAGAAAGUCUGCUAAUCUUUCACACAGUGUCAGCAGUAUGAAUCACCCACUUUCAGGCUCUUCUUCAUGGAGCCAGAAUACAGGCAUUUCAACAUUCACAUUAACCAGAGACUUUAGGCAAUAUCUUUCAAUUGCUGACUCAGUGGUUGGCAGCAAUAUAAAAUCAGAGAAGAUUCAAAGGCCCAAGACGGUACCUUGCAGGGAGAGAAACAGAGUAGUAGAAGCUCUCUUGCCAGUUCUUCUGGAAACCUCUUCUAUGCCACCCGUUCAGCUUUGUGGCCAGAAGACAUCUCAAAAAUAAACUGCUACUGCUUUC